GCUUACACAUGUAUCCCUUGCUGUUAUUUAUAUAGCCCGUAGUCUCAUGCCGACCUAAGUUAAUAUAGAGAUCAUGAUUCUUGACGGUCCAGGUUCUCAAUAACAUUUCCUCUAUCUAACCUCAUCUCCUAGGCACAUCCACAGCAGCAAUGGAGGAGAUAGAAAAGGGCAGCCCAUCUCCUCAAACAGAAGCCUUGGAUACGCCGUAUCUCGAAAAGGGUCAGCCGGACUUCGAGGUGACCGAGAAACCCGACCCCUUCGCCCAGGAAUGUUGUCCUACCCCUGAUAAGCCCAAUGGUGGUACCGGGCAUGAAACGCUCUUAGGGGAUGAGUCAUAUCCAGAAGGAGGACUUGAAGCAUGGCUCGUCGUUCUUGGAUCGUGGUGUGGCUUAUUUGCCUCCCUGGGUCUUAUGAACAGCAUCGCGACGCUCCAGACAUACGUCGUAACGCAUCAGCUCUUCGACUAUGACGAGGGUACCGUUGGAUGGAUUUUCUCCUUAUAUACGGCGUUGUGCUUCCUCUGCGGUGUCUAUGUGGGGCCUCUUUUUGAUAGGUAUGGCCCUAAAUGGCUUAUCAUUCCGGGAGGCAUCGGUAUUGUUGCAAGCAUUAUGAUAUUGAGCGUUUGUACAAAAUAUUGGCAUUUCAUGCUUAAUUGGGGUAUCCUUUGUGGAAUAGCAACCUCUCUUUUAUUUACUCCAUGUCUCACAGCCAUAGGACAUUUCUUCCGUGUGCGCCGCGGUUUUGCCUCUGGGCUGGCUAGUACGGGAGGCGGUUUAGGGGGUGUAGCAUUUCCGCUAAUAAUGCAAAGCCUCUUCGACAAAGUAGGAUGGGGAUGGACGAUCCGCGUCGUGGGGUUUAUCUGCCUCGUUCUAUUCACUUUUGCCAAUCUUCUGGUUAGGAAGCGGCUGCCGCCAGCUCAGAACUCAAGUCCGCACCCUGAUUUCCGUAUUAUGAAGGAAAAGAGGUUUUUACUCCUCACCAUCGGCGUCUUCUUCCUAGAAUUAGGUCUUUUUAUCCCCCUUGCGUACAUUUCGAGUUAUGCGCUCGAAAAGGGCUUCAGUAAAGACUUUGCUUUUCAGAUUCUACCCAUUCUUAAUGCGGCGUCCGUUCUUGGACGGGCCUUGCCCGGCUGGUGGGCAGACAAAAUUGGCGCCUUCAACACAAACAUGAUUUCUCUUUGCGUUACGAUUUUUUCUAUUUAUGUCGUAUGGCUACCGUUCGGCCACACGACGCCAGGACUCGUCAUAUUCGCACUUAUGUUCGGAUUUUCGACUGGCAAUAACAUCAGCAUCACUCCCGUUUGCGUGGGAAAACUAUGCCACACGCAACAUUAUGGGCGAUAUUAUGCUACAUGUUACACAAUUGUUUCUAUCGCUGUAUUACUAAGUCUUCCCGUUGCAGGUGCCAUCGUCAAUGCUGCCGAUGGCGACUACUGGGGUCUUAUUCUUUUUACUGGCCUUACUCAGGUUAUUGCUGUCAUGGCGAUGUACGCGUCGAAGGCUAUGAGUGUGGGGUGGUCACCUUGGAGUAAUUUUUAGACUUGCUACCUACCUAUUGGAGGUAGUCUACAUAAUACGCUUUGAUAGCGUCGGGGGACUGGUUAACUCAAGGAGGUUCUUGGGGAUUGGAUCGGUACAGAAAAUAGAGUUCGGGGCAUGGCAUGCGGCAUGUGGUUCAUGGCUCAAAGCUCAUGGGUAAUAGAGCGAACCUAGGAAAUCCAUGAAGGUUCCUAGAGAAAUUGGUUAUUCAAAUGGGGUUCAUAGGUAAUAAAUUUAGGGGUAAUUGGGGUAUGGGGGGUACUGGCUGAAAUUGAG